AUACUAGAUAAGUAGGACGUCGAGCUCCCCCGUCUGGUUUCCUGUCUCUCCUCCUCCUCAUCACCACUACAAGUCAGCCAGACAAUCUAGCAGCCCGGUCGCGACAGUUGAGAUUUUGAGGUCUUUGUGCCAAUAUUCACUCGUUUUAAUCCACCCUUGGUUCAUACAGUACUACAUCGCAAACGCAUUUCCUAACCGACAUUAUGUACUUCCUCACUGCUCUCACUCUCGCUUCCGUGGCCCUCGCGGCGCCGGCCCAUCAGAAGAGGAGCUACGUCAGCUACCCCGAGGCUCCGGCUGAGAACCACCCCGUCUCCCCUCAAGUGGUCUCUCCCCCGGCGCCCGUAUCCCCCCCUGCUGCGCCUGUGGUCUCUUCUCCUGUCCCGGAGGUCCGCCCGCCAACUGGCAACUCUCCUCAAGGUGGUGACAACAGCAACCCCGCCUACCCUACCGGACACGGCCAGGGUCCUUCGAUUCCCGGUGUUCCUCACGCCUCCCCGAGCACGGUCCCGGUGCCCCACACGACCUUUACAGUCACGGCCAGCCCCAGCACCUUCACCAGCGUGGUGUCGUUCCCUACUGGCGGCCCGGAGACUCUUCCGACGUUGACCUUCACCCAGCCGAAGCCCGCCACUGUCUUCACCUCUCCCGUUGGAUACCCCACCGGCUCCCCCUCCGAAGACCUCCCCUCCGAGGACUCUCCCUUCGAGCUCCCGGUGGUCUCUGAGGACAACUCCUUCCCGACUUCGCCUCUCCCUGCCCCUGCCCACACCGCGGGCAACUCCCCCGUGAUCAGCGAGACCCCGAAGACGCCUGUCAAGAACCCUGAAGUCCCCGAGGUCCCUGCUGCCUACAACCACGAUGACAGCAACAGCAACAACAACAAGCCCGCGACUAGCAAGACUUGCACCAGCAAGACUCACGUUCCCGCUCCGACCCCGUUUCCCGUCCAGACCCCGGCUCCUAUCAAGGAGGAGCCAGUUAAGGAGGUGCCGGUUAAGGAGACUCCCGCCCAGGAGCAGCCGGGUAACAACGGCAAGAUCUCCUACCCGGUCGCUUACUAAGGUAUUGGCGAGUUGUCUCUUGGGAGGAAACGAGAAACGCAGUUUAGCACGCACGCGGAAGCGCUCACGCACGGGGGCGGAUGUGCCAGGGUUCCGGAGCUCUAGGAAUCAAGAGGUCACGAUGUUGCAAUCUGCGUAAGCACGGCGGAGGUCGGCUGGGGUUGGAAGGGGGACGACGUCGGAGUUGGAAGAGCGAUAGGAGAUGGUGCCGAAGAAAAGGAGAGGGGCGGAGGCGGAAGCGUUGAGAUGGCCGUGCUUACUAUUCAGUACAUACCAGUUGAGCCCUAUCUAUACCUAAUAUACCACACGCACUUGCGAAAAA